UAGAAGAAGACGAGGGUUCGCUGUCGUGAUGUCCUCAUGCAGUCAGCUGUUCUUCCUCUCUCACCUUCCGUCCAUCUUUAAACAAAACACUCAGAGACAGCCAUGUCCUCGUCCUCCGCCGUCGUGAAGAAGAAGCACGUUCGGUUUGCCAGCGUGGACAACGACGACAAGCACGAGCGCACGGACGAACAGGAGGAGGACACUCUGUUUGACAAGAGGAGAGACACCGGGAAGAGGCCGAGGAGCGCGGGCAAGAGGACAAUGAAGCGCGGCAGUGACAAGCAGGUGCUCGACGGAGGCAGAUGCGGACGUGGAGCGUGCGGCCGCUGGAUGAUCACGCUGACUCUCUGCAUGUCCUUCCUGGCUUUGGGGAUGAGUAUCUCAGUUCUUGGCCCCACAUUCGAGGACCUGGCUGUGAAUGUGAGAAAGGACAUCAGCAACAUCUCCUACGUCUUCUUCGGCCGCUCAGUGGGAUACAUCGGAGGAUCUCUCUUUGGAGGCUUUCUCUUUGAUUACGUCAACCCCCAUCUGCUGCUCGGUUUUUCUUUGCUCAUCACAGCGUUUGGGAUGUUAGCCAUCCCGUUCUGUAAGCAGGCUCUGCUCCUCACUGUGUUCAUGUCCAGCAUUGGGAUGUCUAUGGGUGUUCUCGAUACAG